ACCCAUUUAAACAGAAUAACAAGGAGACCUGAGCCAUUUGUUCCUCACCUCAUUUGUCAAACAACUUUUCGUUAUGGGUCGAUUCCUGAAAGUUCUCUUGCUGGUAAUGUGGGGAGCUUUUGCCGUUGCUCUCUCACAAGAUCUGGGUGGUUCACAAAUAGGUGCUGGAGAAUUAAGAAAACCAGGUGACUGUCCAAAAGUUUCUGAAGGCAGUGAAGACCACACUCAGUGCAGUGAGACUUGUGUUGAUAAGGACAACUGUACAACUAAUGUUUGUGAUUCUGACUCCGAGUGUGAAGGAAGCUUCAAGUGCUGUACAACCAUUUGUGGAACUGCCUGUGUCCCACCAGUUUUCAGAAAUCCAUGUCAAGAUAACUUUGAUUGUCCUUGGUCACUGAAGUGCUGUGAAGGUGUAUGUGACAGUGACUGUGUCUAUCAGUCAAAGAACAAGGAUCCUACCCAAAACCAAAAGAAGAAGCAAUGAUCAAAACGUACUUUGGGUCCUCAUUGCUAAAAAUUAUGAAAAUUAAAUGGUAGAAUAAAUACAUAUCAAAAACA